CUGUCGCUCCCCAACCCGACGUCAUCGCCGCCACAGGAGCCAAGAUCGAAGCCUCACGAGCGCAAUGAAGACGGCCAUGCUGUGUCUCUUGUAACCACGACCCCCGAGGUAUCCCGACGAAUGCCAAAUCCGCCCACCGCCGCCCCGACUGCCUCUGACCACCUGGACACACAGCACCACACACCGACAGAGGACAAGAAGCGCUCUCACCCUGAUCCACACCACUUCCGCCCUCCACCGCCUCCGCUCCGCCUACCCACCUCGGCCGCCAAUACCACUUCUCGGCCCUCCGACAAACCCUCGUCUAUAUCGCUGCCCCCUCCACCUCGUCCGCUCGUCUUCCAGUCCGUGUCCAGCGACGCUAUUGACGCGCCCCCGCUACGCAAGAAGCCGCGUCUGCUGCCGCGCCACGAGCGCUUCACCUUCACCGGCCCUUCUAUCAACCGCCUGCACCCUCCAUCGCCAUUGUUCUUCUCGAACUCUCCGCGGCCGCGUCCGCACCUGCCACCGCGCUUCACCUCGUUUGAGGCAGGAGCCACAAUGCUAAGCAAGGCCAACAACGAGGACAGUCAUGUCAAGACCGUGACCCUGGCUCGCGGCACUGUCUCCAACUCGUUGCGCCGCUCCAUCGACCGCUCGAGUACCGGCCGCAGUGCUUCGCCCGACCUGCGUGGUGAGCUCUCGCUUAACUCUAUCGGCAUCCUCGAGCUCCUCGAUCAUGACGAUCGUCCUGCCAUGAUAGUGGACCUGGCAGAUGGCACAAACAACACAGAGGCCUCGUUACGACCUGUCUUUACAAACAGGUCGUUGCGCUCGUGUCCCGAUCUCAUCAAUUCCUUGACGGGCGUUGCUCGAGACCUGGACGAAGCCGCCUUUGCACAAUUCAAGGCAUGGGCAUUUGGUUUGCAAGUCGCUGGAGAGCCACUCAGCGUCCCGCUACCGACCCAUGUCUAUGCUGGUACGAGCUGGUCAUUUUCGACCCUUCGCAAACGGCUGCGUAUCAUCAGCGGCGCAUCGGCUGCCAUGACUUCGAAUGGCGCUUUGGCUACAUCUGUAAGCCGCCAAUCGUCAAACUCGACCUCGACGUCCGCCAUGUCCAUAUCGCAACCGUCUUCUUCUUUGCCCAUCUCCAGUUCAGCCCUGCCUACAACGCUGGAAGAACCAGAUGAUUAUUUUGGCAGUGCAGCACCUGCCCCAAUCUCAGCCCCUGCUCCAGCAGACAUCUCUUCAUCUAUCAUCCCUUCGACUGAAGCAGUCGAUGACAAGACCCAAUCAACUUCAUCACCAUCGCUGUCACUCGACUCUCGCAAGAUCUCACCCCUCAGCGUCCGUGACACCACGCUGCUUGAUACCCACCCCUCUUUUGUUAACGAGCAAGUACUCUGCGCCCAAACUGCGGGCAAUAUUGACUGGUUUGACAGUUCGUCGGCUGGCUUUUGCCAAGAAGGCCCGUCUUUCGACUGGACCCGUUUGCCCAUCAGUGAUUCAAUGCCUCCGCAUAUCAAGUUCGCACGAAGCAUUGAGUGGGAGAAAACUCCUCUGGGCUCCAUCGAAGGCUGGUCAUCAGAUUUGCGGCAGAUGUGUAAUCUUAUCAUGGCCAGUCCUCAUCCGGCUGCUAUGUAUUGGGGCCAAGAGUUGGUUGCUAUCUACAAUGAAGCUUAUGUCAUGUUGGCUGGUCAGAAGCAUCCGGCGCUGAUGGGCCAGCGCUACUCGGAUGCGUGGUCCGAGAUAUGGCCUGAUGUCAAGGAUGUAUUUUCCAACGCGCUUCACACUGGUGAAGCAACCAUGAAAGACGACGACCGGCUAUUCAUUGUGCGCAACGACUAUCUCGAAGAAACGUACUUCUCGUGGUCCAUUAUUCCCAUGGUUGGUGGUGAUGGCAGUGUUAUGGGAUUGUACAAUCCUGCUUUCGAGAAGACGAGGCGAAAGCUUGCUGAGAGACGCAUGAUAACGCUUCGCGAGAUUGGUGAGCGUACCGCCCCUGCAAGGGAUAUCAAGAGCUUCUGGGGCCAAGUCCUCGCCGCAUUGGAUCUGAAUGAACACGAUACACCUUUUGUCAUGCUGUACUCCGUUCAGGACGAAACGGAUAGCGAUGCGUCGUCCAUUCACUCCAACAGCGUCAUGGCCAACAGACAAUGCGUUCUCGAAGGCGCUUUAGGUGUGCCUGAAGACCACAGUGCAGCCGUCUCAAGUUUCGACCUCAAGACCGGCAUGGAAGGGCUCGGGCCAGUCUUUCGUGAAGUAAUGAAGACUGACAAGCCUGUCCUUCUCGAAGUCGGUACGAAAGAUCUUCCCGCUAAACUACUAGAAGGGCUCGGUGGGCGAGGUUUUGCUGACUCGUGUCGCAAUGUUGUGAUUUGUCCUAUACAUCCUACCACCGGGGAAGCUGUGCUCGGAUUUCUUGUUAUGGGCGUGAACCCUCGAAGACCAUACGAUGAAGACUACAGUCUAUUCAUACAGUUGCUCAACAGACAGCUUGCGACUUCAUUGGCUUCUGUUGUUCUCUUCGAAGAGGAAAUUCGAAGGGGUCAAAAGGCAGCAAAGCUCGCCGCGAUCGAUAGAAUGGAACUCUCUGAACAACUGGCAGCUCGCACGCAAGAAGCCAUUGAGAGCGAAACAAAAUUCACUCGAAUGGCAGAGUUCGCACCUGUCGGCAUGUUCAUAGCUGACUCUGAAGGUACCAUUACUUAUUGCAACGAUACGUGGUUCGAAAUUUCUCGAGUUUCCAGGGACGAAAACACCCCGGAUCAUCACUGGAUGGACGCUGUCAACGACGAGGACCGCGAACUCAUCAACAAACUAUGGCAUGAUCUCAUUGUCGAAAAGAAGCCACAGACCGGCACCUUUCGAUUCAAGUCGAAAUGGCAUGGUUCUGAAGGGCUGGAGGGCGAUCGAUGGGUACUUUUCUCUGCUUACCCGGAAAAAUAUGAGGAUGGAAAGCUCAAAAGCGUCUUCGGCAGUCUGACAGACAUCAGCAAACAAAAAUGGGCCGAAGGGUUCCAGAAACGCAAAAUGGAAGAGGCUGUUGAGCUCAAGAGACAACAAGAGAACUUCAUUGAUAUCACCUCACACGAGAUGCGCAACCCGCUUUCGGCGAUAUUGCAAUGUGCCGAUGAGAUAACCGCAACUAUGAGUCGCCUCAGAGACGGCCUAAAUGGUCAAGCUUCUCUGGUUGCACCCAUUGACAAGUUCCUCGAAAAGGGUCAGAAUGUGGAGGAGACAGUGGAUGGUAUUUUGUCAAGUACAGUAGACUCGGCUCAGACUAUCGCUCUUUGCGCACAACACCAAAAACGAAUCGUCGAUGAUAUCCUGACCUUGAGCAAGCUUGAUUCGCAAUUGCUACUAGUUACUCCAGUGGAUGCGCAGCCUCUCACCGUAGCACAACGUGCGCUGAAGAUGCACGAAGGCGAGCUUCAAACUGCUGAUAUUCAACUUAAAUUCGUUGUUGAUGAUUCAUAUAAGAAGCUCGGUAUUGAUUGGGUAAAGUUCGAUCCUUCGCGCGUGUUGCAAGUACUGAUCAACCUUACUACCAACGCAAUCAAAUUCACAACGACCGAGAAGAAACGGACCAUUACUGUCACGUUGGCAGCCUCAACGAAACGUUUCUCGGAAUUGGAGAACCGCGUGGUCAAUUAUUUUCCCACACGCAACAAACAUUCGGACCUCACUAAAGAGAAGGAUUGGGGUGAUGGCGAAGAAGUAUACAUCCACUUUGCUGUUCAGGACACGGGUCGCGGACUCAACGAACAAGAAAAGAAGAUGCUCUUCCUGCGCUUCUCGCAAGCUUCUCCACGCACUCACGUACAAUAUGGAGGUUCUGGCUUAGGCUUGUUCAUCAGUAGAGAGCUUACAGAGUUGCAGGGAGGUGAGAUCGGCGUGGCGUCUGAGUUCGGAGUCGGUUCUACCUUUGCUUUCUGGGUUAAGGCAAAGCGAAGCAGUGUUCCACCCGAAACUGAGGGACUGAACAGACCUGCCGUUCGUGCUGCCAGCGAUGCGACUGGCAGAAAAGUACCUACCAUGGUGAGCGCCAAGGCUGAAGGGGCAGUUGCAAGGCCUAUCAAGGUUCUCGACAAUAUCGUAAACGCGAGAGUCCUUUCCAAACAGCUCAGAAACUUGGGCUGCGUCGUGCAUGUCGCGAACCAUGGUGGAGAGGCCUUGGAUAUUCUUCGCAAAUCCACCUACUGGAACCACAAGGCAGACAACGAACGCGUUACCCCCGAAUCAGAACGCAUGGGGUUGAGUGUCGUCCUCAUGGAUCAGGAGAUGCCUAUCAUGGACGGACUGACGUGUACGAGGAAGAUUCGAGAAUUCGAAAGAGAAGGAAAAUUCGUCCGUCACGUACCAGUCAUUGCAGUGACAGCCAACGCUCGGAAUGAACAGAUCGAGACGGCAAUGAGUGCCGGCAUGCUGAUCCCCAAGAUUGAGGAGCUUAUGGCCAAAUAUCCAGAAGUC